AUCCUUCUGGCAAAGCUCGCUCUUUGCUAAAUUUAUUUUAAGAAAACAUCCUCCUUUAACAUAAGUCUGAUAAUCGACACCUUUGCUCGCCACCCUCUUCCGACGACCAUUAGGCCUCCAGCGUUCUCAGAUACCCGUCACCGACGGCGAACCUGCAGAGAUCCCCUCCCGGCUAACUUUGCUCGUACAAACAGAGGAGAUCGGUCAGCGCACGUGCUCUCCACUUGGGCGCUCUUUGCGGGUAUGGCAAACCUCCGGAAUCUACUCAACAGAGUGUCUGCCCGCUGGACUCGCAACUGUAGGCGCAACAACGCCCCCGUCGACACUGCCAGCCAGCAGAAUAGAGCCUGUCACACCCGAGUGGCUCUCAGCGCAUUCUUUUUGGACCCUUCCCGCCCAGUCAUCACCUAAAUCAAUGGCAUCAAAGAUCGGCGGUCUCCCUCUCUACAGCUCUCAUCACCCGCAGUACGCUCAACUGCA